GACGCAGCAGGGCAGUCAUGGCAACCCCCGAUGGUUCACGCCGCGCCCUUCCUUCCGUUGCGGUGGGCAGACCUCGGCACCACGAGGACUUACAGCUACACGAUGUCGUUGUACGAUGCACCUAAUCCACCACGACAACAGCCACGUCCAGUACGUCCACCACUAAGGGCUUGGAGGCGUUUCUUUCCUGAUUCUUUUUUUUACGAUGUUCAUCCUCGUCGAUUUCCUAAAUCUCCACCUACUAGACUCCCGGGCCGUCCGUCAACACUAGCAACAACUACUAGUAGAGCUACUAUUGCUCAAAAGACGGCAAUAACAGAGAGCCCUACAAAAAGUACUAAGAAUAUUAAACGCACGCCUUCAACGUCGUCUAGUAAAGUCACUUCGAAAUCUCUACGCACCUCUAAUGGCCGUACAUUGCGGCAACGAACUUCUAAGAAGGCUACAUUUCAUAAAAAGACAUCAACGUACAUAGAGAAUACCGACCCAGUAGAAGCAGAGGUAGCUUCGGAACUUUUAAAAGAAUUCAAACUGAUAAAUAUUACCCCAAAAAGCAAAAUAAGAAAAACAGCGACUGUAGGCGGCAGCGGCACAAGCACAGAAUAA